GCGGGGGUCCUUGGGCACCUCCCUUUUUUUCAAUUUGCCAAAUUAUUUCACCCUGCCGGAAAAACAAAAAUCUAUCUUACAUGAGGCUGUGGCGACGGCCCUGUUUUGGUUUCUCACUCUCAAGGGAAAAGUAGCAGUUUCCCCCCAAGACCGAUUCCGAUGAACAAUGAACCAUUCCGGAAGCGGUAAACGCCAGGCGAAAGUUUUGGAAGAACAUUAUUGGGACUGCAGUGUCUGUACGUAUCGCAACACAGCUGAAGCAUUCAAGUGCCUAAUGUGUGACGUUCGCAAAGGUACCUCGACGCGCAAGCCGCGCAUCAACCCUCAGCUGGUCGCCCAGCAGCGCAAUGGUCGGCAGGUGACCCAGCAGCAGUACGUGCCCCAGCUAAAGUCGGGCAAAAAGGAGCUGGCCGGUGGUGUCGGCGGCGGCUCCUCGUCUUCCGGUGGUGGGAUCAUCGGCACCAAGCACAAACUGGACAAGCCGAGACGUCGCUCUCGACACCCUCCGAGGCUCAAAAACAUCGAUCGGAGUAGCGCGAUGACGAACGAGGUCACGGUCAACAAUGUCACCGUUGUCAUAACUGAGUAUAAGCCCAAGAUGAGGAAGACCACUACGUCGGCGGCGACGAGCAGCGAUCAGUCGGGAUUGUCGAGCAGCGCCUCGUCGGAGAACGGAAGCCAGCACGAUUCCAACCAGGACUCGAGGAGUCUCGACAUAAGCACCGACGCUUGAGACUACCGAAUUUUCCUAAAAUUUGGAGGAAAAGAAAGAGAAGUUCGAUGAUUAUUUCAGUGAGCGAAGGACUGUAAAACAUAUAAUGUGGCUGCUCUGCGUGCCUCGAUGUGAGGGUGAAUUAGGGCUGUUAAGUUGUAAAUUUUAUGACUACGAGCCUUAAUUUACGCCCAAGAGACAUUCUUCUUUGGUGUAGAGCUUAUAUUAUAGUAUACAGUUGAGUGGACCGAGUUUCGUCACGUGUACUUUCAAGAAGCACGUGAUCCUUGGAAGAUGUCUGAGGGACCGGAUUUUCUCCGUUUGUAAAUUGACAUGGCUGAUGAUGUUUGGGGUACGUAACUGUAUGAAAAAUAUUUCUUCAAAUACUUUGUCUAGGUGGACAAUUUCGAGUGCUCGAGGAUCUUUCGAUAUUUAAUAGUUGUUAAAUGAAUUAGUUUUAUUCGUUCAAAGACCUCGGUACUUCUGGAAUAUUUUUCGUAUAAACAUUUAAGAGCCUUAUUAUUUAUUUCAAAAAUUUAAUACACUUUCAGCAGAAUAUUUUAAAUAUUAAAUGAAAUCGGGUAUAAGCUAGUCACUCAAUUAUUUGAAUUUUAAGAAAUAUCGAGAAAAUUCAAUCGUUAAUUUUCUCGUCAUUUACGUGCGCUUCAAGGGCUAAAAGUAAUUGAGUUUUUAGUUGGAAUUUUUAAUAAAAUUUGAAAUAUCCUGCCUGCAGACUAAAAAUACGCCAAAAGAUUGGAGGUUUUUUUUAAAUUACUAUUUACUGUAGUUACGAUAAUUUUAAUAAUGAAUUCGUGAUAUAUUUAUUGCUUAGUAGGGCUUCUUUUUAGCCAGACAAUAAAUAAGUAAUUUUUUUCAUAUCAUCUCCUUUUAUGGAAACACAAAAUUUUUUGAUCAAGGGUAAUCUGCAUAAACGAAAUAAAUGAUUAUUAUUGACAUGAACGAUUUAUAAAAUACAAACGUAUUUCAUAUAUCAAAAUACAUCAGAACAUGCAUAAAAAAUAAAUAAUUAGACAACUUCUAAAAUUAUUACAUUUGCAAGAAGAAAAAGAAAAAAAAAAUACAAAAAAAAUAUUAAGUGAUACAUGACUGAAACUUGAUGAUUAAAUAAAUUACGUCUAUGUAAAACGAACCAUUAAUUGUGAAUUAAUCGUAAAAAAAAUUGUCCUAUCAAAUGGAAAAUACUUAAAACCAAUGUAUUGUGUAACAUAAUAUUUAUUGUCCAUUUCUCGCAAUGUCUUUUACCAGAGACAACAUACGAUUUUGGUCACGCAUAUACAUAGACGUAAAAAAUAAUGUAAACAAGUACAUACGUCUUAUGCUAUUAAUGGCUUGGAAUUUAUACAAAGCACAAUUUUAUAAAACCGAUAAAGUUUAUGAUAAAGAAGGAAAUUAAAAAAAAAAGUUGUUCAAGUGCCUUUGCUAUUGUUUGCAAGAGUCAAUGAGGAGAUUUUUGUUGCAACCAGUUUUAUAUACUUGGGCACUUAUUAUUACAAACUUGAUAAUCACACAACCUGCCUUUUUCGAUGGCUUAUUUAAACUCCAUGAUAAAUUAUUAUUUUACAAUUUUUAUAAGAAAUGUCGAAAAAAGCAGUGGUUUAAAGUUUGUAAUUCAAGAAAAAAUCAAAUACAUACAAGAAAGUUUACAGCGUAAGAGUCGGAAUCUAAGGCAGUUUUAUACACACGUUCAACAAAAGUAUACAGCCUCAACGAUUAUAUACACAUUCUAAUGACAACAGUGGGUAUUUCCAGAUUUGAUAACAAAGACCAUUACUAGCAUAAUUUGUCGUCAACUUAUAAUUUAUUAAUAUGACCACUGCCAGAGCGUCAGUUGCGAGGAUUAAUUGAGCAUUAGAGGGAGACAUGCGUAGUAUUACGUGAAGCGUGCGUUUUGUGAUUGAUUAAAAAAUUGUACACGAAUCACCCGAGCUGAGUUUGCAGCUAAUCGAACUUAUCAUUUAUGAAUUUUUAUGUGCGAAAUCAUCUAAACUACGAAAAUUUUGUAUUGUGAAAUUUGUAAUAGUUUCAUCAAAGUUAUCUGAUGCAUAAAUGAAGAGUUUUCAUGCUUCACGUGUCUAGACUAAUAAAUAAAAAUGAUGUAAAUUUAAAAUUUAAGGCAGGAUGCCAAAAGUUAGUGCAAAAAAAAAAA